CUUUUGUUUCCAAGGGUGGGAGAGGUCUGAGAUGUGAAUGGUCAUUAACAUAUCUUUUGUUUGCAAGGGUGGGAGUGGUCUGAGGUGUGAAUUGGUCAUUAACAUAUCUUUUGUUUCCAAGGGUGGGAGAGGUCUGAGGUAUGAAUUUGUCAUUAACAUAUCUUUUGUUUGCAAGGGUGGGAGUGGUCUGAGGUGUGAAUUGGUCAUUAACAUAUCUUUUGUUUCCAAGGGUGGGAGAGGUCUGAGGUGUGAAUUGGUCAUUACAAUGUGU